UCCAACGUGAGCACAUCUCUGGGGCCCAGGAGAUGGAGGACGUCUCCAGGGCCCCGAGCUGGCAGGUGAGGGCAGGCGAGCACUUUGCUAAACACACCCUUCGCCCCUCCCCGACCCGACUCCCCAUAUCUGGGGCCCCGGUCGGUCUGCCCACUUGCUGUCCCUGCUGGAAGCUGCUACCCGCCAUGCCAGGCCUGGCUCCCCGGGGCCUCGCGGCUGUCCUGGGCGUCAGGGCAGGGGCCCCGCUUUGCCUGUCCCGGCAGCUCAGCCGGCAAGGGGACUACGUGCUGGGGGUCGUCCCUCCCUGGGCUCAGCUGAGGAUGCUCUCGUCCCCUGGGCUGCUCUGGGCGCUGGCCACGAUGAUGGCCGCGGAGGAGAUCAACAAGCUCUUCGACACGUGCCGGGAGCCCGUGGUCGCCGUGAAGCCCAGCUUGGUGUCCACGGCCAAGGCCGGCAGCCGCAGCGUCGCCGCCUACCGCGAUUAUACGCAGUACCAGCCCCACGUGCUGGCCGUCAUCGGGCCCCACUCGUCCGAGCUCGCCCUGGUCGCCGGCAAGUUCUUCAGCUUCUUUCUCAUGUCCCACGUCAGCUACGGCGCCAGCACGGACAGGCCGAGCAGCCGCGAGACGUUCCCGUCCUUCCGCACGGUGCCCAGCGGCGGCGUGCAGGUGGCGGCCGUGGUGGAGCAGCUGCGGGAGCUGCACUGGAACUGGGUGGCCGCCGUGGGCGGCGACGAUGAGUACAGCCGGCAGGGCCUGAGCCUCUUCUCCGGCCUGGCCGACGCCAAGGGCACCUGCAUCGCACACGAGGACCGGGUGCCGCUGCCCCGAGCCGGCAGCCCGCGGCGGGGCUCCGUGCAGGGCCUGCUGCGCCGGGUGAACCGGAGCAGCGCGCCGGUGGAGGUGUCCUCCUCCGCCUGCGCUGCCCGCACCGUGUUCAGCUACAGCAUCCAGUACAGGCUCUCGCCCAAGGUGUGGGUGGCCAGCGAGGCCUGGCUGCCCUCAAACCUGGUCAUGACGCUGCCCGGCACGGACCGGGUGGGCACCGUGCUCGGCGUCCAGUGUCAGGGCGCCCAGAUGCCCGAGUUCCCGUCCUACGUGCGGACGCGCCUGGCCCUAGCCGCCGACCCCGCCUACUGCGCCUCGCUGGACGCGGGCUGCCCCCAGUGUGACCGCAUCACCCUGGAGAACGUGCCCGACGGGCUGCUGCACCGCCAGACCUUCGCGGCCUUCGCAGCCGUGUACGGCGUGGCCCAGGCGCUCCACAACACGCUGCUCUGCGACACCUCGGGCUGCCCUGCGCCGGAGCCCAUGCGGCCCUGGCAGCUCCUGGAGAACACGCACGACCUGAACCUGCGGUUCGAUGCCAGCGGGAACGUGGACGUGGAUCGUGGCAUGAAGCUGUGUGUACGGCGGGACCGGGCGCCACCGCGCACCAUGGGCACCUUCAACGGCAGCCUGCAGCUCUGGCACUCCCAGAUGAGCUGGCACACGCGGGGAAACCAGCCCCGGGGCCCGUGCCGGGAGCCUGUGCCCCAGGGCUCGUGGCAGUGCAAGGAGGACCAGGUGCGCCAUGUGCAGGGCUUCCACUCCUGCUGUUACGACGGCGCCGACUGCAAGGCUGGCAGCUACCAGCGCCACCCAGGUGACGCCCUCUGCAGCAAGUGUGACCAGGACCACGGGUCCCCGGACUGGAGCACCGACGCCUCCCCCGCCAGCCCGAGUCCCUGGGGUGCUUCUACUCUGGGCCCAGCUCUGGGCCCGGCGCUGGCAGCCCUGGGACUCUUCGUCUGGCGCCGGCACAGCCUGGUUCGGGCUUCGGGGGGGCCACAGGCCUUCUGCCUGGGCCUCGUCUGCCUCAGCGUCCUCCUGUUUCCCGGCCGGCCCAGCCCUGCCAGCUGCCUGGCCCAGCUGCCGCUGCACCACCUCCCGCCCACCGGCUGCCGGAGCACACCCUUCCUGCAGGCGGCUGAGAUCUUCGUGCGGUCAGAGUUGCCGCCGAGCUGGGCCGACCGGCUCUGUAGCCGCCCGUGGGGUGCUGGCUGGUACUUCCCGCCGGAGGUGACGACAGGCUGGCAAGUGCCGCCCACGGAGGCGCUAGUGCACUGCCAUGUGCGCUCCUGGGUCAGCUUCGGCCUGGUGCAUACCACCAAUGCCACGCUGGCUUUCCUCUGCUUCCUGGGCACUUUCUCGGUGAGCCGGCCCGGGGGCUACAACGGCGCCCGCGGCCUGACCUUUGCCACGCUGGCCUACUUCAUCACCUGGGUCUCCCUCGUCCCCCUCUUUGCCUACGUGCACGUGGUCUCGCAGCCCGCCGUGCCGAUGGACGCCAUCCUCUUCUGUGUGCUGGGCAUUCUGGGCACCUCCCACCUGCUUAAGUGCUACCUGCUGCUGUGGCGGCCGGACCUCAACACCCGAGUUCUUCCUGGGAGGGGGUCCUGGCGAUGCCAGAAGGCGAGGCAGCAGUGGGGGCGGGGAGGAGACUCAGGGAAAAAACAAGCGACCCCUGACCCAGUGACCUCACCCCAGUGAACUCAUACCUAGUCAAGGUGCCCCCAGACCAAGUCCCUAUGCAGCAAGCUGCAGACUGUGCCCCAACUCCGCUGCGACUCCCCAAUCCUACAUUCUGCUGACCUUGACCCCACAGUGACCUCCAGAGUGCAUAAGGGGCCUCAGCCCCGUGGGAUCUCAACCCCUGGGGCCCGAGAGUCAGGCUCUGUCCCUGCCCCAGCCAAGCCCUGGCCUGCACAGGUGACCCAGCGCCACUGUUCCAGACAGAGGCCCAUGGAGGCUUCCUCGGGGCCCCCCGUAGCCCAGGCUGAGCGCUCAGGAAAGCCCCCAGCCAAACCAUGUGAAGGCAAAGCUGGGUACCACUUGCCUGGCUGGGCCCAGCCUGGGGCCCCCACCCAGCAUCCUGUCCAAGCAUCGUAGGAGUGGGAGGUUGGUGGGUGGGGUGGGGCUUUCUCAACCCCUCUGCAGGGGUGUGUGCCUGACUGUGGGCCCCAGUGCAGGGCAGAGACCCGCUCAGGAAGGAGGGGGCACCCAGCUUCCUUCUCUCUCCCUGGCCAGUGAGCCAGUAGAAUGUGGUCAGUCCCCUCCAGCACCGCGGACAGAGCCCGGCCAGGGUGGGGGGUCAGCACCAAGGCCAGCACCCGCCGCAAGGAGGACCCCCGCCAGAGCCAGGAGCCAGCACCACGGACAGAAGACCGCCCGCCGGGACUGCUGCGGCCAGGGCCUUGUCGCUGAGCUAGCGCCCAGAGGACAGCACCUAGCCAGUCCUGGGUCAGCUCUCGGCCAGACCCUGGGGAAGCUGACCCGGCCCCUGCACCCCAAUCUCCUAAAGUGGGAAAAAAGAGACACAGGUCACACG